GCCGCACUUCCGGUUUCUCGUUGCUAUAGGAACUGCUGUGGCGUUUGGGCGUGCCUGAGUUACUCCGGAUCUUUAGAAGGAGUACCUGCGGAUCCCUGCGUGGUCUGGUAACCCAGAGUCGUGAAGAGAGAGGUACCAUGUCCACCGUGGUAGCUCAAGCGCUGCAUGUUUUUGGUCUUCGUGCCCACGUGGCCAACAAUAUCUUCUUCUUCGAUGAACAGAUCAUUAUAUUUCCUUCAGGAAAUCACUGUGUGAAGUACAAUCUGGAUCAGAAAUGGCAAAAAUUCAUUCCAGGCUCAGACAAGAGUCAGGGCAUGCUGGCCUUGUCCAUCAGUCCCAAUCGGCGAUACCUCGCCAUCUCCGAGACUGUGCUGGAAAAACCUACCAUCACUAUUUAUGAGCUGUCAUCCAUCCCUUGCCGGAAGCGCAAAGUCCUGAAUAAUUUUGACUUCCAAGUUCAAAAGUUUAUCAGCAUGGCUUUUUCUCCAGACUCUAAAUACCUGCUGACCCAGACGUCGCCUCCAGAGUCAAACCUCGUCUAUUGGCUAUGGGAAAAGCAGAAAGUAAUGGCCAUUGUUAGAUCUGAUGUUCAGAACAACCCCAUCUACCAGGUCAGCAUCAACCCCCAGGAUAAUACUCAAGUGUGUGUCACUGGAAAUGGGCUAUUUAAGCUGCUCCGUUUUGCUGAAGGAACCCUAAAGCAAACCAAUUUCCAGAGGGGAGAAUCCCCCAACUACCUGGCCCAUGCCUGGGUGUCUGAUGACAGGAUCAUCGCCGGCACCGACACCGGCAGGCUCUGUCUCUUUGAAUCUGGAGAUCAGCGCUGGGAGACGAACAUAAUGGUCAAGGAGCCCACUAGCUCUAAGAGCCUGGAUAUCAUCCACAAGUCAGAGAGCCUGAUCGAAUUUCCACCACCCAGCUCCCCGGUCCCCUCCUUUGAACAGAUGGUGGCAACCAGUUACCCCCACCACAUGUCCAUGCCCCAAGUCUUUGCCAUCGCUGUCUAUUCAAAGGGGUUCGCCUGCUCGGCUGGGCCGGGCAGGGUGCUGCUCUUUGAGAAGGUGGAAGAGAAGGACUUCUACCGAGAGAGCAGGGAGAUCCGGAUCCCUACGGACCCACAAAGCAAUGACCCAAGUCAGUCAGACAAACAGGACGUUCUGUGCCUGUGCUUCAGCCCAUCAGAAGAAACCCUGAUCGCCAGCACCAGCAAGAACCAACUCUACACCAUCACCAUGUCUCUGACAGAGAUCAGCAAGGGAGAGCCUGCCCACUUCGAGUACCUGCUGUACCCACUGCACUCCGCGUCCAUCACUGGCCUAGCUACCUGCAUCCGCAAACCCCUCAUUGCCACCUGUUCCCUGGAUCGCUCCAUCCGCGUCUGGAAUUACGAGUCAAACACGCUGGAGCUGUUUAAGGAAUACCAAGAAGAGGCCUACACCAUCAGCCUUCACCCCUCUGGACACUUCAUCGUGGUGGGGUUUGCUGACAAACUCCGUCUUAUGAAUCUGCUCAUUGAUGACAUCCGUCCUUUCAAAGAGUAUUCUGUCAGAGGAUGCAGGGAGUGUGCCUUUAGCAAUGGAGGUCACCUCUUUGCUUCGGUCAACGGGAAUGUGAUUCACAUUUUCACCACCACGAGCCUGGAGAACAUCAUCAACCUGAAAGGCCACACCGGGAAGAUUCGUUCACUUGUGUGGAACCUAGACGACAGCAAACUGAUUUCUGCUGGGACAGACGGCGCUGUGUAUGAAUGGAACCUGUCCACAGGGAAGAGAGAGACGGAAUGUGUGCUCAAGUCCUGUAGCUACAACUCCAUCACUGUCUCCCCUGACGGCAAAGUUAUCUUCGCUGUUGGAUCAGACCAGACUCUCAAGGAGAUCUCGGAUUCUUUGAUCCUUCGAGAGAUAUCAGCAUUUGACGUCAUCUAUACGGCCAUCACCCUCUCACAUUCCGGGCGCAUGAUGUUUGUGGGCACUUCAGUGGGAACGAUCCGUGCCAUGAAGUACCCCCUGCCUUUGCAGAAAGAAUUCAAUGAGUAUCAGGCUCAUGCUGGUCCCAUCACCAAGAUGCUGCUCACCUUUGAUGACCAGUUCCUAUUGACUGUUGCUGAGGAUGGCUGCCUGUUCACCUGGAGGGUCUUUGAUAAGGAAGGCCGGGGAAUCAAAAGAGAGAGGGAGGUGGGCUUUGCUGAAGAGGUGCUCGUGACUAAAACAGACAUGGAAGAGAAGGCCCAGAUAAUGUUGGAGCUGAAGACACGUGUGGAAGAAUUGAAAAUGGAGAAUGAGUAUCAGCUGCGGCUGAAGGACAUGAACUACUCGGAGAAGAUCAAGGAGCUGACAGACAAGUUCAUCCAGGAGAUGGAGUCCUUAAAGACCAAGAACCAGGUUUUAAAAACAGAGAAAGAAAAACAGGACGUCCAUCACCGAGAACACAUAGAAGAGCUCCUGGACAAACAGAGCCGGGAGCUGCAAGACCUGGAGUGUUGCAACAACCAGAAGCUGCUCCUAGAAUAUGAGAAGUAUCAGGAGCUGCAGCUCAAGUCCCAGAGGAUGCAGGAGGAGUACGAAAAACAGCUCCGAGACAAUGAUGAGACAAAGAGCCAGGCCCUGGAGGAGCUGACCGAGUUCUACGAGGCCAAACUCCAGGAGAAAACUAGCCUUCUAGAAGAGGCACAGGAAGAUGUUCGACAGCAGCUUCGGGAGUUUGAGGAAACCAAGAAGCAGAUUGAAGAAGAUGAAGACAGAGAGAUCCAAGACAUCAAAACCAAGUACGAGAGAAAGCUUCGGGACGAGAAGGAAUCCAACCUUCGGCUCAAGGGCGAGACGGGCAUCAUGAGGAAGAAGUUCAGCAGCCUGCAAAAGGAAAUCGAAGAGCGCACCAAUGACAUAGAGAUCCUGAAGGCAGAGCAGAUGAAGCUGCAGGGUGUCAUCAAGUCCCUGGAGAAGGACAUCCAGGGCCUCAAGAGAGAGAUCCAGGAGAGGGAUGAGACCAUUCAAGACAAGGAGAAGCGAAUUUAUGAUCUGAAGAAGAAGAACCAGGAGCUGGAGAAGUUCAAGUUUGUCCUCGACUACAAAAUAAAGGAACUGAAGAAGCAGAUAGAGCCUCGGGAGAAUGAGAUCAAAGUGAUGAAGGAGCAGAUCCAGGAGAUGGAAGCCGAGCUGGAGCGUUUCCAUAAGCAGAACACGCAACUGGAGCUGAACAUCACGGAGCUGUUUCAGAAACUGAGAGCCACGGAUCAGGAGAUGCGCAAAGAGCAGCAGAAGGAGAGGGACCUGGAAGCACUGGUCCGUCGGUUUAAGACAGACCUUCACAACUGCGUGGCGUACAUCCAGGAGCCCCGGCUGCUGAAGGAGAAGAUCCGCUGUCUCUUUGAGAAGUACGUGCAGCGGGCAGACAUGGUGGAAAUCGCAGGGUUGAACACAGACUUGCAGCAGGAGUAUGCCCGCCAGCGGGAGCACCUGGAGAGAAACCUCGCCACUCUCAAGAAGAAAGUGGUCAAGGAGGGUGAGCUGCAUCGCACCGACUACGUCCGCAUCAUGCAGGAAAAUGUCUCUCUGAUCAAGGAGAUUAAUGAGCUCCGCAGAGAGCUGAAGUUAACCCGCUCCCAAAUCUAUGACCUUGAAUCAGCCCUGAAACUGUCCAAGAAAGCACGACCGCAAGAAGUCCCAGAAACAGCUGUCAGCAAGGACACAGCCGUCGUCGUCACUCCGACUAUGAGACUGAAUGAACAGGAGGAAACCGGGAGAAUCAUUGAAAUGCAGCGCCUGGAAAUCCGCCGCCUCCGAGACCAGAUCCAAGAGCAGGAGCAGGUCCCCGGCUUCCACACCAUAGCUGGAGUUCGGCUCCCUUCCCUUAUCGACUCAGAUGUAGAUUUUGAAAUGCACACCAAGUGACCUCUGGUGAGCUAUUUCCAGCCACAGCCUGAAGCACCAUGUGUCUGUCACCACGCCAGACUUCUACCUGAGUCCCAUCAACCUCUUUCAACCUGGAGAGUUGGGGGCAGGGUCAGAAUAAAGGUGUCUGCUCAUGA